GCGCACACACCCCACGCCAUUGCCUACACUACACUACUCCUGUAGAGAGAGAGAGAGAGAGAGAGAGAGAGAGAGAUCAGUCAAAGCAGAGCCAUCUCUGAUCCGCCGUGCCCAGCUCCGUCGCCGUCGACGCCAUGGGAUCCCGCCGCCACUUCCUCGACGACCCCUUCUUCCCCUUCCCACCCUCAUCCUGCCCAUUCCUCGACUAUGACAGCCCAUCCCCCUUCUCCACUUCCCCAUUCCCCGAACUCGACCUCUUCCUGCCCCCCGCGCCACCACUCAACCCCUUCCCCGCCCCGUCCCCCUACCCUUUCCUCCUCCGAGACCUCACCGACCGCGUCGCCGCCCUCGAGCUCGCCGUCGCCGCGCGCCGCCCCGAGCCCACCACCAGGAAGUGCACCUACGUCACCGAGGCCGGCGGCCGCAAGGUCAAGUGGACCUCCAUCGAGAAGCCGCGCGCGGGGGACCGGACGCUCAAGUGGGAGGCCGAGAUCAAGUCCCCCAACGACGACGGAUUCGACCGCAAGUGGAAGUGGGAGGCCAAGGGCGGAUCCUCCAGGAAGAUCAAGUGGGGCGCCGCCGUCAAGGGCAAGGGCUCCCUCCAGCCUUGGUCCCAAGCCUACACCUGGGAGGAGGACUUCGCCGCCACCGACACCAGCGACGAAGAGGACGAGAAGAAGGCCGACAGGAACAAGACCAAGAUCGCCGACAAGCACAAGAAGAACAAGGAAGGCAAGGUUGUCAACAAGGCGAAGAAAUGCCCCGUCGCCACCGUCAAGAUCGAGGAGAUUCCAGACGACAACGAUGCCGGAUGCGUCGCCAUCAGAAAGGCUUUUGCUAAGGGCAAUGGCAAGGGAAAGAAGAAGGAGCUGUCCCCGGAGGAUGCUGCAUUGCUCAUCCAGAUGAACUACAGGGCUCACCUUGCUCACCGCUCCCAGGUGCUCCGCUGCCUGCGUGAUCUGGCUGUGGCCAAAGCCAAGCUCAAGGAGAUCAGGUCCCUCUUCUAUAACAUCUCCUACAGGCGCCGCAUCGCGCAUGACCAUGAAGAGCGCCAGAGGUUCUCUGAAAAGAUCAUUGUACUGCUCAUCACCGUGGAUGCACUUGAGGGACCUGACUACAUGGUGAGGACUGCGAAGAAAUCUAUGCUAGAGGAGCUUGAAGCAAUGCUUGAGGUUGUGGACCCUCAGUCACCAGGGAAGCGGAGGUCGCUGAGCCGCAGGAAGUUUGAUCUCCCAGAGGGUGGAGCAGUCUCCGGUGAGAAGGCGGAUGGUGUGAACAAGGCUGUCAGGAUCAUCAAUGAGGGCAAGUGAUGCAGAGUAGAGGCAUCACCACCUUGUUAACCGCGGGAUAUCAUGCCUGAAUCCUGGUGAAAGUUUGUAGCAGCAGCAUAUCUAUGUCUUAUCAUCUAGGAGAAGUCGAGACCUGAGAGAACUCUGCGCUUUGUUGAGACUUUCCAUUACCCUCGAGGGAUCUACCUCUGCACUUUCUUGUACCUGUAAUGUUAAUGUGUCACUGUGAACCUGUAUUAUGUUGCUAGACAAUGAAUUUGAGCUUUAGAAUA